UCAGGGACUACAUGAAAACACCAUGAACAAAAACUUGUGCUCUCACCCUGACUGUUUUGGAAAUCCAGUUUAAAAAAUUACUCUUGUAUAAGUUGGGCAUGUGACCCUUGCAAAGGACACCAUGAUGGAUAACAAACUACCCAAAACCUCCAAAGAUGCAAAAACUGUGGCCCUCGAAGAGAUUCAUACUGAUUCCCCGUCUUCUGAGAACAAAGCUGAUCAGAUUUGCUCAACUGUACUGAGUUGCUCAACAGUGGUUGUGGAUUUAAGCCCUGAAUCAGUUGAAGGACCCACACGUAGAGAACGCUUUAAAUCAGACUUGCAACAAGCCAGCCAAGAAAUUACAAUUCUGGUUACCACUCAUGAGUCACCAGAGAAAGAAACGGAAGAAGUUGAAUGGGGUGGAGAAAGUGACACCAAUCCUGAGGGUAUGGUGCCAAGUGAUGAGGACAGUUUUGACGUAUCCAUGGUGGUGGCAGACUUGAUAGAGCUCAGCCAAACACAACAGACCUGUUUGAUCAGCAGUAGUUCUACAGAGCAAAACAAUAUUUCAGAUGCCCAAAACUUGCCCCAAACUGACAAAUGCAGAGAAAUUCCUAAAGAAAAAACACAACCUACAAGUCAACAUGAGAGUACAGACUUUGAGGCCAACAAAGCCCAAGCUACACAGGGACUCAUUUCUUGUGAUUUAAAGGACCCUACAAGGGCAAAAAAAACAGUUAGCAACAUGAAAUCUUUAGAGAAAAAAGACUUAGAGGGGGACACAUUACCCAGGGAGCAACAGCACAUACAGACACAGGUCAGCCUGGAGGUUAUGUACCAUUCAGCAGCGACUAGCCCCAUGACCCCUCCCGAAGGUUCUACUGCCUUCUUCUUCCCAUACAGUCUUAACAAGGUGGGCAAAAGUGAAGGGAAUGAAUCUCUUUCAACAGAAACAAAGGAUGCCGAACUCCAGGUGGGUGUGCAAGUGGAGUACCGUUCAGUUGCCACAGCUCCCAUGACACCCAUAUCAACAAAUGCACCUGAAUUGCUAAUAGAGACUCGUUCAGUUGCCACAGCUCCCAUGACCCCUGUGGCAACAAAUGCACCAAAGCUACUGGUAGAAACUCGUUCAAUUGCCACGGCUCCCAUGACACCUGUUACAAAAAUCGCACCUGAAUUUAUAAUAGAGACCCGUUCAGUUGCCACAGCUCCCAUGACACCUAUUGUAACAAAUGCACCUGAACUACAGGUAGAGACUCGAUCUGUUGCUACAGCUCCAAUGACGCCUUUGGUAACACUCGCACCUGAACUAAUGGUAGAGACUCGAUCUGUUGCCACAGCUCCAAUGACUCCUUUGGCAACAAUCGCACCUGAACUAAUGGUAGAGACUCGAUCUGUUGCCACAGCUCCAAUGACUCCUUUGGCAACAAUCGCACCUGAACUACAGGUAGAAACUCGCUCAGUUGCCACAGCUCCCAUGACACCGCUUGUAACAGUUGCACCAGGACUACAAGUUCAGACUUGCUCAGUUGCCACAGCUCCCAUGACACCUGUAGUAACAAUUGCACCUGAACUACAAGUAGAAACUCGUUCAACUGCCACAGCUCCCAUGACACCCAUUGCAACAGUUGCACCAGGACUACAAGUUGAGACUUGCUCAGUUGCCACAGCCCCCAUGACACCAAUAGUAACAACUGCACCAGAGCUACAGGUAGAGACUCGUUCAGUUGCCACAGUUCCCAUGACGCCCAUAGCAACAGUUGCACCAGGGCUACAUGUAGAGACUCACUCAAUUGCCACAGCACCCAUGACACCAAUAGCAAAAAGUGCACCAAAUUUACUGGUACAAACUUGCUCAGUUGCAACAGCUCCGAUGACCCCUGUUUCAACAACUGCACCUGAAUUCCAUGUUGAUACCUGUUCAGUUGCCACAGCUCCCAUGACACCAAUUGCAACAAGAGCACCUGAGCUACGGGUAGAAACACGUUCAAUUGCCACAGCUCCUAUGACUCCCAUAGCAACAAGAGCACCUGAGCUAAGGGUAGAAACUCGUUCAAUUGCCACAGCUCCCAUGACACCCAUAGCAACAAGGGCGCCGGAGCUAAGGAUAGAAACUCGUUCAAUUGCCACAGCUCCCAUGACACCAAUAGCAACAAGGGCACCUGAGCUAAGGGUAGAAACACGUUCAAUUGCCACAGCUCCCAUGACUCCCAUAGCAACAAGGGCACCUGAGCUAAGGGUAGAAACACGUUCAAUUGCCACAGCUCCCAUGACUCCCAUAGCAACAAGGGCGCCUGAGCUAAGGGUGGGAACUUGUUCAACUGCAACGGCUCCAAUGAGUCCAAUCAUCUUGAGUUCACCUGAGCUGAUCCCAGAACCAGAGCCAAGAUCUGUGUCUGAUUCAGAGGGACCACAUGAACCAGUACAGGAUGUGUUCUGGGAUGAGAAAGGCAUGACAUGGGAAGUUUAUGGAGCUGUGGUUGAGGUAUCUGUCCUGGGCUCGGCUAUUCAGAAGCACCUGGAGAAACAGGUUCUAAAGAUGCAAAUGAAGCCGUCUGAUGCCGCAACCAAUCAAACUAUGCCACCAAACAGCACAGACACUUCCAAUCCCCUCCCUUCCACUCCACCUGCAUUGUCAGCAUCUAGUCGGAGCAGCUCAGCAAAAGGUAGCAGGAAAAAGGAUGUGAUUAAAGAAACAAGAGGUAGACAAAGGCGGAAUCCUUUUCGCUCAUUCUUCAGGAACUUCAGAAGACCAAACUGCUGCUCCCGGGAGCAGUCUGAGUAGAGAUAAUAAAGAGACAAUGCUUUGAAAUUGCAACCGUAAGAGAUUUAAAUCAGUGGACAUGCAGACAAUCCAACUUUUCUGCUGGUUUUGAUAAUGUGUCAGUAGGUAUAGAUUUUGUCCAAUAAUAAGGUCCCCCUGAUUGGCAAGCUCUUUCCAGUGGUAUGAUGUUUAUUGUUUUCUAGGGAUUUGUAAAAAUUUGUAAAAUCAUCCAGAAAUAUUUUAUUUAAAAAAUUAUUAUGCAGCGCCUCAAACGAUUAGUGGAAGGUCUUUUACAUUGUAUCAAGUUCAGCUGCAAUAAUUUAAAACACAAGAGUAUUUAAUGAUAUAACAUUCAGCUUCAAAAGAGGGUCAAAUUUAAUUCUCAAUGCUUUAUUGUACAAAUUAGGAUCAACCAAGCCAGUGAAAUGUUAACCAGUAGAUAGCAUCCGGCAAACAUGGUUAGCUCUUGGAGGAUGGGAAAAGUGCAAGCGCAUGUUCUUAUACACACUUAACUUGCAAUUGGGGAGAAACUAUAUAUA